AUGGACAAGGAUGCGGGAAUGAGAGGCGACGAAGGAGAAAAAUGUGAUGAACCCCUUGUGUCUGGGCUCUCCCAUGCAGCUUUCAGCAGCUCGUCCUCCAUGUCUGCAAGCUAUUCUCCGGGCUAUGCCAGGAUCAACAAGCGAGGGGGUGCCGGGGGAUGGUCUCCAUCUGACAGUGACCAUUAUCAAUGGCUUCAGGUUGACUUUGGCAAUCGGAAGCAGAUCAGUGCCAUUGCAACCCAAGGAAGAUACAGCAGCUCAGACUGGGUGACCCAAUACCGUAUGCUCUACAGUGACACUGGGAGGAACUGGAAACCUUAUCAUCAAGAUGGGAAUAUCUGGGCAUUUCCCGGGAACGUCAACUCUGACAGUGUGGUCCGGCAUGACUUACAGCAUCCCGUUGUUGCCCGCUACGUGCGCUUCGUGCCUCUGGACUGGAAUGGAGAAGGCCGCAUCGGGCUCAGAAUUGAAGUCUACGGCUGUUCUUACUGGGCUGAUGUUAUCAACUUUGAUGGCCAUGUUGUGUUGCCAUAUAGAUUCAGAAACAAGAAGAUGAAAACACUGAAAGAUGUCAUUGCCUUGAAAUUUAAAACCACCGAGAGUGAAGGGGUGAUCUUACACGGGGAAGGACAGCAAGGUGAUUACAUUACAUUGGAACUGAAAAAAGCCAAACUGGUCUUCAGUUUAAACCUAGGAAGCAACCAGUUAGGCCCCAUAUAUGGCCACACGUCCGUGAUGAUGGGGAGCCUGCUGGAUGAUCACCACUGGCACUCCGUGGUCAUUGAGCGCCAGGGCCGGAGCAUUGACCUCACGCUGGACAGGAGCGUGCAGCACUUCCGCACCAAUGGGGAGUUCGACUACCUGGACUUAGACUAUGAGAUCACCUUUGGAGGCAUACCUUUCUCUGGUAAGCCAAGUUCCAGCAGUAGAAAGAAUUUCAAAGGUUGCAUGGAAAGCAUUAACUACAAUGGCAUCAACAUAACUGAUCUUGCAAGAAGGAAGAAGCUGGAGCCUUCAAAUGUGGGAAACCUGAGUUUCUCCUGUGUGGAGCCCUACACGGUGCCGGUCUUUUUCAAUGCCACCAGUUACCUGGAGGUGCCUGGACGGCUCUACCAGGACCUGUUUGUGGUCAGUUUCCAGUUCAGGACUUGGAACCCCAAUGGCCUCCUGCUUUUCAGUCACUUUGCAGAUAAUUUGGGCAACGUGGAGAUUGACCUCACUGAAAGCAAAGUUGGUGUUCACAUCAAUGUCACGCAGACCAAGAUGAGCCAAAUAGACAUUUCCUCAGGUUCUGGGUUGAACGAUGGACAGUGGCACGAGGUUCGUUUUCUUGCUAAGGAAAAUUUUGCUAUUCUCACCAUUGAUGGAGAUGAGGCCUCAGCAGUUCGAACUAACAGUCCUCUUCAAGUUAAAACUGGAGAGAAGUACUUCUUCGGAGGUUUUCUGAACCAGAUGAGUAACUCAAGUCACUCUGUCCUUCAGCCUUCAUUCCAAGGAUGCAUGCAGCUCAUUCAAGUGGAUGAUCAACUUGUAAAUUUAUAUGAGGUGGCACAAAGGAAACCAGGAAGUUUUGCAAACGUCAGCAUUGACAUGUGCGCCAUCAUAGACAGAUGUGUGCCCAAUCACUGUGAGCAUGGUGGGAAGUGCUCACAAACGUGGGACAGCUUCAAAUGCACUUGUGAUGAGACUGGAUACAGUGGGGCCACCUGCCAUAACUCCAUCUAUGAGCCGUCCUGCGAAGCGUACAAACACCUAGGCCAGACUUCAAAUUACUACUGGAUAGAUCCUGAUGGCAGUGGACCGCUGGGGCCUCUGAAAGUGUACUGCAACAUGACAGAGGACAAAGUGUGGACCAUCGUGUCUCACGAUCUACAGAUGCAGACCACGGUGGUGGGCUACACCCCAGAGAAGUACUCGGUGACCCAGCUCGUGUACAGCGCCUCCAUGGACCAGAUCAGCGCCAUCACCAGCAGCGCCGAGCACUGCGAGCAGUACAUCUCCUACUUCUGCAAGAUGUCCAGGUUGUUGAACACCCCAGAUGGAAGUCCUUACACCUGGUGGGUUGGCAAAGCCAAUGAGAAGCACUACUACUGGGGAGGCUCUGGGCCUGGGAUUCAGAAAUGCGCCUGCGGCAUCGAGCGCAACUGCACAGACCCCAAAUACUACUGUAACUGCGACGCGGACUACAAGCAGUGGAGGAAGGAUGCUGGUUUCUUAUCCUACAAAGAUCACCUGCCGGUGAACCAGGUGGUGGUUGGAGACACCAACCGGCAAGGCUCAGAAGCAAAACUGAGUGUGGGCCCCCUGCGCUGCCAAGGAGACACUGCCACAGAAGUGUCCUUCUCAUUUGAUGUUGGAAAUGGGCCCGUGGAGAUUGUGGUGAGGUCGCCCACCCCUCUCAAUGAUGACCAGUGGCACCGGGUCACCGCGGAGAGGAAUGUCAAGCAGGCCAGCCUGCAGGUGGAUCGGCUGCCACAGCAGAUCCGAAAGGCCCCGACAGAGGGUCACACCCGCCUGGAACUCUACAGCCAGCUGUUUGUUGGUGGUGCUGGAGGUCAGCAGGGCUUCCUGGGCUGCAUCCGCUCCCUGAGGAUGAAUGGGGUGACCCUGGAUCUGGAGGAAAGAGCAAAGGUCACUUCCGGGUUUAAAUCCGGGUGCUCAGGCCACUGCACCAGUUAUGGGGCUAACUGUGAGAAUGGAGGCAAAUGCAUAGAGAAAUACCAUGGUUACUCCUGUGACUGCUCCAACACGGCAUAUGAUGGAACAUUUUGCAACAAAGAUGUUGGUGCAUUUUUUGAAGAAGGGAUGUGGCUACGAUAUAACUUCCAGGCAUCCGGGAUCAGCGGCAAAGAAUCGGGCAGCAGAUCGGAGAGCUCACCGGAUCCACAGGGCCCACUGCCAGACCUGGCCCACGAGGAGAUUCGGUUCAGCUUCAGUACCUCCAAGGCGCCCUGCAUUCUCCUCUACGUCAGUUCUCUCACCACCGACUUCUUGGCGGUCCUCAUCAAACCCACCGGAAACUUACAGAUUCGCUACAACCUGGGUGGCACCAGAGAGCCAUAUAAUAUCGAUGUAGACCACAGGAACGUGGCCAAUGGACAGCCCCACAGUGUUAACAUCACCCGUCAUGAGAAGACCAUACUGCUCAAGCUGGAUCAUUAUCCUUCUGUGAGUUACCACCUGCCAAGCUCAUCUGACACACUGUUCAACUCUCCCAAGUCGCUCUUCCUAGGAAAAGUUAUAGAAACAGGGAAGAUUGACCAAGAGAUUCACAAGUACAACACCCCAGGAUUCACUGGGUGCCUCUCCAGAGUUCAGUUCAACCAGAUCGCCCCUCUCAAGGCGGCCUUGAGGCAAACCAACGCCUCGGCACACGUCCACAUCCAGGGCGAGCUUGUGGAGUCCAACUGCGGGGCCUCCCCGCUCACCCUCUCACCCAUGUCGUCUGCCACCGACCCCUGGCACUUAGACCACCUGGAUUCAGCGAGUGCUGAUUUUCCAUAUAACCCAGGACAAGGCCAAGCUAUAAGAAAUGGAGUCAACAGAAACUCAGCCAUCAUUGGAGGGGUCAUUGCUGUGGUGAUUUUCACCAUUCUCUGCACCUUGGUCUUCCUCAUUCGCUACAUGUUCCGUCACAAGGGCACCUACCACACCAACGAAGCGAAGGGAGCAGAGUCAGCAGAGAGCGCAGAUGCUGCCAUCAUGAACAACGACCCCAACUUCACAGAGACCAUUGAUGAAAGCAAAAAGGAAUGGCUCAUUUGAGGGGUGGCUCUUUGGCUGUGGGAUAGGGAGGGGGAAGGGAAAGGGACAAAAGCACCCUGCUUCAUACUCUUGAGCACAUCCUUUAAAAUAUCAGCACAAGUUGGGGGAGGCAAGCAACAGAAAAUUCUUGAGACUGAUCGUCACACACAAAAAAUAUAUAAUAAUACUUUUUAAUAUUUCUUUAUAGCUGAGUUCUCCCUUCUGUAUCAAAACAAAAUAAUACAAAAAAUGCUUUUAGAGUUUAAGCAAUGGUUGAAAUUUGUAGGUAAAAUCUGUCCUAUUUUGUGUGUGUUUAGAGGUGUUCUAAAAAUCCAUGGUAACAGGGCAAGUUUUCUACAUUUUUAAGAGCCCUUAGAACGUGCAUAUUUUUUCUUGAGGAAAGCUGAUGCAC